AUACAAUAGGAAGUACACGACUAAAUUGAUAUAACGGCAAAGUCAAUUUGAUUUUUUUAAUUUUUUAUUAGGGUGAAUACCAUCCAUACAGCUGUUAGACUAGUUGCAAAUCAUUCCAAUAAGUUAUGUUGUCUAUUUUUCGCUGAUUUACUUUAAUCGACUCGGAAUACUUUUUCUUCGUGAUUGCCUAGAAAUGUUUCACAAUUGACAAUUAUAUAUGAAUUUUGAAUACAGAAAAGCAUUUUUGCAAGAGGCAAGCUAGCCAUGGCUUCCUCGCAAGGAAUGCAAUUGCAACUACAACCCAUCAUCUUGAUGCUAGUACUAGUACAAGUAGUAGUGGUGGUGAUAUUGUCAUUAUCAGCAGCAACAAUUGCAGCACCACCAACAGAAGCAGAUUUGAAGAAUCUUGACUGCAUGAAUCGUUGCGGGAAUUUAAGCAUCCCAUACCCAUUCGGCGUGAAAGAGAAUUGUUAUCGCAGCGAAGAUUUCUUCAUUAAUUGUAGUGAUUCCCAGCCAUAUUUACGGCAUAGCGAUAUCAAUAUUUCAAAUAUAUCGCUUGAGGAGGGUGAGUUACGCAUCAUGAAUAACAUAUCUCGUAAUUGUUAUGACGGGUUAGGUACACCGUUACAGAGCAACUUUUAUGGAUGGCUCGUCGCCACCAAUUUCUCCAUAUCUAGUACCAAGAACAAGUUCACUUCUAUUGGUUGUGACACAUAUGGGGUUCUCCAUAUUUUAGAAAACGAGAGUUUCGUUUUUACAACUGGGUGUGUGUCAAGUUGUAAGAGCAUCUCCUACGUUCCUGAUGAUGGAUCUUGCUCUGGAAUUGGUUGCUGCCAGACCUCCAUCCCAAAACAACUCAGCCAUAUCAAAAUUGAUGCGCAUAGCUUCAACAAUCAUACGGAUGUAUUGGACUUCAAUCCGUGCAGCUAUGCCUUUGUUGUUGAAGAAGCUGCGUUUAAGUUCUCCACAACUUACCUUCAAGAUUUUAAAGAAACCAAGGUGCCGUUGGUGCUUGAUUGGGGAAUAGGGGAUAAUAAGACAUGCCAUGAAGCUAAGAGAAAUUUGACAAGUUAUGCAUGUGGAGAUAAUAGUGAUUGUUAUGAGGCAGAAAUUGGUAAUGGGUAUAUCUGCAAGUGUUCCAAGGGUUACGAAGGGAACGCGUACCUCUCAGAUGGUUGCAAAGACAUUGAUGAGUGUGCAGAUCCAAAUCUCAACCAGUGUGUAGAGGAAAGCAAAUGUUUAAACACGCCUGGGAAUUAUAUGUGCUCUUGCCCCAAGGGAUACCACGGUGAUGGCAACACAGAUGGAACACGUUGCAAUGCUAAUCGAGUUCUUGUGCUUCAGAUUGUGAUUUUUUUGGGUUUGAUCUCUGGAAUUGGAGUAUUGCUUUUAAUUAUUGCUUCUUGGUGGCUGUACAAAGUACAAAAAAAAAGAAACAAUAAGAAGCAAAAAGAAAAAUUCUUCGAAAGGAAUGGUGGGUUAUUAUUGAAAGAAAAAUUGUCUUCAUCUUCAUGUGAUGGUAGUGUUGAGAAAACUAAAUUGUUCUGUUCGAAGGAGUUAGAGAAGGCGACUGAUCAUUAUAAUGAGGACCGUAUCCUUGGCCAAGGAGGCCAAGGUACUGUUUACAAAGGAAUGUUGUCAGAUGGAAGCAUUGUAGCUAUUAAAAGGUCUAGGAUAGUUGAUGAAGGAAAUGUUGGACAAUUUAUUAAUGAGGUUGUCAUUCUUUCACAAAUCAACCAUAGGAAUGUAGUUAAGCUCUUGGGGUGUUGUCUGGAGACAGAAGUUCCCCUUGUAGUUUAUGAGUUCAUCUCAAAUGGAACACUUUUUGAACAUAUUCAUGAUGCAAAUGAGGAUUUUCCAUUACCUUGGGAAAUGCGCUUGCGGAUUGCCACAGAAAUAGCAGGAGCUCUUUCCUACUUACAUUCUGCUGCAUCUGUGCCCAUCUAUCAUCGAGAUAUUAAGUCAACAAACAUACUCUUAGAUGAUAAAUAUAGGGCAAAAGUUUCAGACUUUGGAUCAUCAAGAUCAGUUGCAAUUGAUCAAACACAUUUUACAACACAAGUACAAGGCACUUUUGGUUACUUGGACCCAGAAUACUUCCAAUCAAGCCAAUUUACUGAAAAAAGUGAUGUUUAUAGCUUCGGAGUUGUUAUUAUUGAGCUUUUAACAGGGCAAAAAGCAAUCUCUUCUGACAGAUCCCAAGAAAGCAGGAGCUUAGCUACAUUUUUUGUCCAAUCAAUGGAGGCUAAUCAUUUGUUUGAGAUUCUUGAUCAAAAAAUUAUCAAGGAGGAUUGGAGAGAAGAGAUCAUUGCUGUUGCUCACCUUGCAAAAAGAUGCUUGAACUUGAAUGGAAAAAAGAGGCCUACAAUGAAAGAUGUAGCAGUUGAAUUGGAAGGAAUUAGAAUGUUGCGAGGAAAUACUACGACUCAACAAAAUUAUGAGGUAUUUGAUUACAACAGAACUGAUCUCAACGAGGCUUGGGAUGCUACUUCAACCUCAACAGGGGCUUGUUUUGACAUCACUGUAGCUUCAUCAUUUGAUGUCAAACCACUAUUGCUCAAUGAACCAUGAGAUAUACAUUGUUGUUCCAUGGUAAAUAUUUCGUUAGAGUAUGAGACUACCUUAGCUUCCUUUCUAUGUUUAGCUUUAUCCUUCAAAUGUUUCUUCAAAUAAUUCUAGGACUAGGAUGAUUAUUUAGAUAGUUUUUUUGUUUUUGUUUUUGUUUUUUUUUCUAAUGUAAAAUUGAAUUAUUUAUGUCAGUAGCAUUGAAUAAUUUAUGCUGUAGAAUUGAAUAAGGGCAAUGAAAAAAUAGGUACCGGUGAUUUUCAAAUUGAUAAGAGAAAGAGUUGUUAUUAUCAUGUAAUUUUAAUGAAUCU